AUGACUAAGCUCCAAGAACUACGACCAUCUUCCUCUUUGAUCAGCGGCGGGAGUCGGGAGAGAGUGCGAGGGGACUGCUGGGAAGCCAACUUAUCAGCAUUUGUGAUCCUGUCCCGGGGAAAGUGCGGACUUUCCACUUGUACCACUCACUACCUGGUGGCCAUGUCAGUCACGGAUCUGCUGGUUGUUAUCACCGAGGUCAUACUCCGCCGAAUCAACAAUUAUUAUUUUCCAUUAAAUGUCCUGAAGCUCACCUCUGUGUGUCGACCUCUCUAUGUUAUGAUCCGUGCAGCCAUUGACUGUUCGGUCUGGUUCACUGUCACUUUCACCUUUGACCGAUUUGUUGCCAUUUCUUGCCAAAAGCUGAAAUUGAAAUAUUGUACCAAGAAAACUUCAACUGUGGUUCUUGCAAUAACUAGUAUUCUCCUAUGUUUAAAAAACAUUCCCAUCUACUUCAGAUAUAAACCUAAAUGGGUAAUCAACAAUGUGGAGUGGCGCUGCUCGAAUCAGCAAAACUACUUUAGAGAUCCCAGGUGGACAGGAUUUAGGAUUUUUGAAAAGGUUUUAACACCAUUAUUACCAUUUGGUUUAAUUCUGUUGCUUAACGCUAUGACAAUCAGACACAUUUUAAUGGCCAUUCGAGUCCGUAAGGGACUGAAGGGGCAAAAAAAAGACGAGAAACGCAGCGACCAGGAGAUGGAGAGCAGAAGGAAGUCCAUGAUUUUACUCUUUACCAUAUCGGGCACCUUCAUCCUCCUGUGGCUUGUUUACAUUAUAUAUAUAUUUGAUUUUGAUGAUUCCGUAAUCGAUCCUCGUGGGAUGUUUGAAGUGAUUGCUUAUAUGCUGAGAAAUUUAAGUUGCUGCACAAACACGUUUAUUUAUGUGGCUACUCAGUCCAAGUUCAGAGAUCAGUUGAAAAGGAUGUUGAAGUAUCCUCUAACGUCUAUUCAUAAAUUCAUGAAUAGUCAAAACAACUGA